AUGUCCGCAUCGAACAUCCGGGUAUUUGUACAAUGGAAGGAUUCUACAGUGUUCGCUGGCGAAGACAUAGAAUGCACUAUUACCUUUAAAAAUGUAGCCCCUCUCCAAGGACACGACCGCUCCCCCACACGCAGGCCGAAUGGCUUUGCCAUGGGAGGAGAGCGCCAGCGCAAGCUUAAUGUCCCACCCGUUCACUCGUCAACGCGGCCCUCCGUCUCUCGCAAUUCAUCCUUCGCCUCGCAAUUACCGCCGUCAAAUGUUCGUGGACAUGGCCCUGCACUAUCCCUAUACACGCCAUCAACAACUGGAGGACGCGCAUCGGCCGUGCCACCGAGCUCAGCACAUGGCAACGGCAAUAGUAAUAGCAAUGGUAAUGGCAAUGGCAAUGGCAAUAUUUCUUCACCGGGCCAUCGCUCAGCCACACACCCCUCUCCACUCUCUGGUGAAGCCUCCUCUCCGAGAAUCCAUGAGCCCGCCGACUUUGCCUUUCCUGCGCGUCGGAAUGGAAGACGACCAGGCGUCACGACAACCCCAAGUACCCCAGCUCUACCAGUCACAGGACGAAAACCUUCAAAUUCCUUCUCACACAGCUUCAAAUUCCCCGCCGCACCUCCACCUGAAGAUGUGUCGCAACCACAACCACAAACCAACAACAGCCCUCCCAAGCUCCCGAUACAUGUACGACGUAACUCUCCACAGCCACCUCCUGACAGCCAAAAACCGCUUGGGCACUCCAAUGCUGAAUCACUUUCGCCGGUUGCCCGGAUUAUAUCUGGUUCAAGCUUGAAUGACACUCCGCGUAGCAGUGGAGAGUUCUACUCCAUGAGCAACAACUCCAACGAGACAAUGGCUUCAGAAUAUGCGGCCCAUCCUUCAGCACGCCUAUUACCCCGACCCUUACAUCAACGACGACUAUCGCAUUUGGUCCCGCCAAGCAGACAGGCCCAGCCAGAGUCAAUCAUGAUGGGGUACGCGCAGAUAAUGGGUUCAUUUACCCUGGAUGGAUCUCUCAUCAACCAGGCACCUUUUGAAGAAGUAAAGAGAAAGGGUGUACUUGGUGGCCAGGGCUCAGGUGGUGUCGUGGGCGUUGAAAAGACGAAGCGCGAAAGCGGACUGUUUGGUGCAUUGGGCUGGGGCAAUAUCGGAGAGUCUUUGGGUGGACUGUUGGGCCCUUCAGAACCAUCCAGUAUCCGGGAAAUGAGAGGUAUCGCCAGCUCCAAGACCGUCCCUCUCAUCACGACACCGCAGUCCAUCCUGUUCGUCGAUUUGAAGCUCGCGCCUGGGGAAAGCCGCAGCUACAAGUACAGCUUCACGAUACCACGGGGUCUGCCACCUUCGCACAAAGGACGAUCCAUGAAGGUGGCAUACAAUCUCACCAUUGGUACACAACGCGCAGGUUCGACCAAAGAACAACAAGUAAAGCAUGUGGAUAUUCCGUUCCGAGUCUUUGGCAGCGUAAACAGUCGUGGCGAAAUCCUUGGGCACGAUCUUAUGUCCCCAUACAUCAUGCUACGGGAUCAAGCACGAACAUCAAGCAUUGAUCCCUCGACAAGCGCAAAGUCCUCUCCGACCAAGAAGAGUGCUCCAUCCGGCAAGCCAGAUGAAAACACAUUUGGCGAAUUCCUUGAAUACGUCGACAAUCUUCUUGACCGCCCGCAACAAAACUCUAGUAUGGGCUUGCUGUCGCCCACGGGCACCAUGCCUGGUCGGUCAUCUUUCGGUGAAGAGCCCCAGACCAUGAAAGAGGUUAUCGAUACAGCGAUUUUGCGCAGUAAUUUGACCGGUGCAGCCAAUCAAAGCGCCAAUCGAUUUGAGAUAGCUCGCAGUGGUCGUCGUGUAGCAGUCAUCAUGCUAGCUCGACCCUCAUAUCGUCUGGGGGAGACAAUGACCGCGGUAAUAGACUUUACAGACUCACACAUCCCGUGUUACUCGAUCCAGAUGUCGCUCGAGACGUCUGAAAAGGUUGAUCCAGCCAUAGCACUUCGAUCUAACGCCUCAAUUUACCGAGUUACGAAGAAGGUGCACGCAUCGUUUUCUGAAAAUGCGCUUUUUGCCCAGAAACUUGCAUUCUCGCCCACGAUACCCCCAAAUGCGACGCCGGAGUUCAUCACCAGUGGAGUGAGUCUCGAGUGGAAACUAAGGAUUGAAUUCAUCACGCCGCGCUUGACGCAUGAGGAUGGCGGACAAGCGACAUGGGAUGAUCUCCUCGAAGAGAUAUCUAGCGACGAUCGGGGUACCAUACUGGCCGCUGCGCAACGGUUACCGGCAGAGAGCUUUGAGGUUCAAGUUCCGAUCCGUGUUUACGGGGCAGUGAGCGGGGCGCCGGAGGCCCUUGAACCAGAUGGUCUCCCAGUGGAUCAUCGUCAAGCGCCACCAAAAUCUCUUCUCGAAAUACACAUGCACAUUAAGAGAGACGGCAACUUCCUCCACCACUCUCAGUCCAUCGCCAACGGGAACCAUUAUCGACAACCUCAUCGUGAACUACCUCAUAUUGUGCACAUCUUCCCUCUCGAGCAGAGCCCCUACCAGGAACAUGAGCGGUCCCUCGAUAUCAAAAUGAGGGUAAAGACAGAUGAAUUUGAGGAUCUUAUCAACCGUCUAGAGGAGAGUACUCUUAAAAUAGCCGAGGCGAUUGAGGUUAUCGAGAACCGUGAGUUCACCUUUUUUGACAUUGAAGCCCCUCAACCCAACCCACCUAGCACCGAGGCCCCUCAGCCCACCUCCACUACAACCAGUUUCUUCGAUUUCAACAAGAUCACAUGGAUGACAGUCGCAUCGGCCGACUUCCUAGCCUUCCGCUACCGCCACGAAAUCCGCAUCAUCGGCCGCGCAGUCGUAGCAGGAGCGCACCUCGUCAUCGAGCACUGGGAACAGCGACAGUGUCAGAUUCAAAUCGAGAAAGAAGAGGAAGCUAGGUUCAAGAAGGAGGAGGAAGAAGCUGAGCUGUUUUUGGAAAUGUUGGUGGAGACGGAAAGGGAUAGGCAGAUCCGGAAUGCGGCAAUGGCGCGCCUUUGGCAUGAGACACGUUCGCAGGAUAUGCUGGACUUGGAGUCAGGGUCUUCGUCUUGGGGGACGACGAUGUCUGAAUCUUCGCGGGAUCAUGAGUAG